UCGCUCUCAAUAGCUUCUCAGUUUCAAGGCUCUAAUUCAUUACAGGAAAUGCAAAUGAAGCCAUCUCUUUAUAUAGAAAAGAGAUAAUUGAACAUUGCGAUUAUUCAAAGCUAAUUUCAUAAGUUUCUGUAAAGCAUAUUGUGCUGCCGUUGUAUGAUAGUGGCGGUUGCUUAGUUAUUACUCUUUGACUAGAUGUUGUCGGGUACACUUGGUAGAUGUUGGAAUUUUUUCUAAUCGUAAAACCUACAGUUUCUCUCUCUGUUAGCAUAUGAAUUUGACAGGUGCUUGUAGAGGAAAGGAAGGCCGAGAGCUGCUGGAGGAAUGUCUGAUGAUCAUAGAGAGACAUAAAGGUAAAGAGGACCCGAGCUCAGCGACACACCUUAUUAAUCUUGCAACUUCGCAUUCACGCUCAAAGAAUUAUGUGGAGGCUGAGCGCUUGCUGAGAGCAAGUUUGCGGAUCUUGGCAAAGACAGUGGGGCCUGAUGAACAAUCCAUCACGUUCCCAAUGCUGCACCUUGCCGUUACGCUCUACCAUUUGAAACGGGAUGAAGAAGAUGAACAGCUUGCCCUGGAGGCUUUGCGCAUUCGUGAAAAAGCAUUUGGAAAGGGACUCCCUUCCCGUUGCGGAGGCUCUCGUCUGUUUGGUGUCAAUUCAAACCAGAUUAACGAAGGACGACGAAUCGUUACUCGGUCACCUGAAGAGGGUUUUGAGCAUCCAAGAGAAAGAGUUCGGUCCCGAGAGCGAGGAGGUAACGAUCACCUUGAAAAAAAUUGUAUUCUACUUGGACAAACUAGGGAGGAAAAACGACUUUUCCCUUUGCAGAAAAGAUUGUCUGCACUUCGAUUAAUUCGUUCAGUAAUCUUUAUAAUCUAAACUUUAAUUUUGUUGGCACCGAUA